GAUUAGCGCCUUUACUUAAGUUACACAGUGGAAUGUACAACAGGUUUAGCAUUCCAGUCACUUAGCAUUCAGGAAGCCACAGAGAAUAGAUGCAUAGUUUUCUAACCCUGUAGUUAGAAAAGUUCAUGAUUUGAUAUUUUCACUGCCUUAUCUUCUUGUCAGCCCAUGCUGACAAGGAACUGGAGCUGUUGUAUAAAAUCUAUACUGUCUUCAAAGCCACCAGACUCAUUUGACAAAACAAUUAAAACAGCAGUGGCAGACCAGCAGUUCCUGUAUUCUGCGAGAUUAAAUUAUCCUACUGUCUUUGUCAGUGGAGUCUGAUGGCUUUAAAAGGUCUCCUGUGUUCUUGCAAGGUAAAAUUUGUGUUUUUGUCAAUGGAGUCUGGUGGUUUUCAGAGAGGGCUAUCUGAGGCAAGACAAAGAGGUGCAACUAAUCGUGCCGAUGGUAACGUAGGUGCAGGAAGUGACUCAGCGCCGAAGAGGAGAUCUCUCAGGUUGAAAGAUAGACCUGCACCUGCUAAGGCAGAGCCCAAACCUAAGCCAAAGAAGGGGCCUGCUAAGGCUAAGAAAGCCAAGGAUGUGGAGAAGGCCAAGCCUGAGGAGAAAACACCAGACGCCCCCGCUGAGAAUGGUGAAGCCAAAGCUGAGGAUGAGGCAGCAGCUACAAAUGCAUCUGAACAAAAAGAUGAGGCAGCCGAAUAACAUCUCUCAAACCACAUCUUUUACAAGUGUUCCCUGUACCUCUUUUCUUGUACAAUUCAGGGGAAUAUUUUUAUCAACUAUUUUCUAAAUACAGGUUUUUUAGUAGUUUGACUGUAGAGAACACUUUUUUUUAAUGAAAGAAAAAAGUCAAUUUGCAGACGGGAGUUUCAUCACAUCCCACAAUUUUGCAUUGCCAUAAAAAUAAAAUUCGUGGUCAUUGUUGUUACCCUUAGUGGAUUUCAUUUUGGUUUUAAAUGUGAAGGGGGGAGGGACAAGUUACCGUGUCAGCAUGCAAGCACAGCAUUCACGGGAGCUGGGGCAACAACUGCAAGAGUUUGCCUGUGUGGAUAACAUUCCAAAUGCUUUAUAAGGGACGGUGUAUGCAAUCUGUGCUGGGGUGGGGAUGGGCAAAGUCACAGGGCAACUCAUUGUUUUAUUGUUCAUAAUUAAGAACAGUGUUUUAGAAUGUCUGUAAGCUUUGUUCCGAUGUUAACUCUUGUACUCCUGCGGUUUUCUUAAUGAAUCUGAUCAAUAAACCUAAAAUUGAUAGUAUUGGA